UUUUUUUUUAGAAACUUCAAUGAAUAUAUUGAAAUAUUAUCUAGAAAUUGGGACAUUCCCUGAUAUUUAUACCAUUUUAACAUUUGGAUUUAUAAUAUUCAUUAUAUUUAUAUUCGUAUACAUAAUUAUAUUCUUGGGAACAAAGCAAUCAUCAUUCGAAGAAGCUAUGGCUAUUCAACAUAAACAAUUGGAAAAGAAUCAACUUUCUUUUUUAUCACUAAUUAAAAAUAAAGUUAAAACUAAUAAAUCUAAAAAUAGUAAAAAUUAUUUAAAAAUUAAAAAUAUGGAUAAGAAACAUGCUAAUAACAAUAAUAAAAGUGUUCAUUUUAAUAAUGUAGUUGAUAAAUCAUCAUCGGAACCUAGCAAAAAGAAAAUGGAAAGUUUGCCUCAAAAAAAAAAUAUUAAAGGCAUAAUUAAAAAUAAUGGUAUUCAAUCAUCAAAUGGAAGUGUAGUUAAUAGUAAACUUACAAAAUUGGUAGAUAAUCAUAAUCAACAUAAUAUGACAAAUGAGGAAUCGAAUAUUAACUGUAAACAUGAAACAGAUAUAAAUCCAAUAGAAAUAAAUACCACUUCUGAGUUUCAAUUUUUAGACACUAAUAAUAUAGAUCAUGCAGAACUGAGUAAUUCUAGUAUGCCUGAAACUUCUGGAUUAGAAAGCCAAGAAAACAAUAAAAUGACUACAAAUAUUCUAGAUUCUAUGAAUGAAAUAGCCCACAUUUGUGAUAAAUUAAGUCAAGAGGAGAUCAAAGAAUUUAUAAACAAUUUUGCUCAAAAAUACAAUGUACCUUUUUUUAACUUGCAAUGUCACAAUGAUCAAAUUAAAUCGCUGGAGAAGAGGUUGGAAGAAAAAAGCGGCUUGCUGGUCAAAGCUGAACACCUGACAUCCGAGGCUAAUUCCAAAAUUGAACAGUUAAAGCGAGUACGGUCGGAAAAUGAAUCGAAGCUUUCGCACCUAGAACAAUCCUCCAGGGAAAAAAUGUUAUCCCUGACUCAAGAUCUCCAAAUCAUGCACUCCAGGGUCGGGGAGUUGCAAUCGUUUCAAGCGCAGGAAAACAAACGUUUUCAGGAGUUAAUUUCGGCACGUGAUAACGAUAUUGAGGGCUUGGAGCAAUCGAUUUAUCAAACCGAAACUAAGUUCCAAAGUGAAAUGGCGACCAAAUGCUCAACUUACGAUGACAAGCUGAGUAAGGUGACAAAGCAAUUAGAAUUGCUUACUUCGCAAAAUUCCAUGCUGGAACAGGACAAAGUCAGACUGAAAAUGGAACUCUACGAAAAAGUCAUACUGUCCAAUGAUCUUAAACACCAAUUGGAAAUGGUCAAAGUCCAGCAAAACAAUAGUAAUAAUAGUGGUAGAGAAGGCACCCAAUCAUCCAACGGGCCUUUAGUAGCCAACGGGUUUAAAAAUAAUCAAGACGCGGUCAAUCACGGGGAUAAUAAUAUGGUCGGAAAGGAGGAUAAAUAUUUUGGCGAAAUACUCAAGUUACUCAACGUAAUCAAAUCCAACAUUUACCUGAAGAACAAUAGUGAACAGAAAGUCGUCUCCCAUUCCAACAAUCAGGGCGCGGCUUAUCACAAAGAGAUCAAAGAUUUCAAGGAAGAGGUCAUCAAAGGCCAGAGCGAAACCAUGUCUAAUUUCGAGUCGCUGACCAAAUCGAUUCUCGGGUUAAACGAGAUAAUGGAACAUUUUAAAGGGCUCACCAAUGUUGAUAAAUUUAAUCAGACCUGCAUUGAGUCUAAUGAUUUAAAGAGGGAUGUCAAAAUGGAAAUCCUGCAAUUGAAAGAACAAAUAAACGCGUUUAUCAAAGAAUACCACGAUGGAUACGAUAAAGCUUUAACUCUUGACAUCGAAGCUAAAGAGGAAUUGAAAAAUAUAGCUAAAACUUUGGUUCAUACGCAACCGACUAUGGUCGAAUACGAUGUUGAAAAUUAUGUCAAAUCAGCUUCCAAGGCAUCGUCUUCUCAAGUUUAUCAUGAUGAUAAUACGGAUUUAAUAGCAUCAUUGAAAGAUAAAAAUAAUGAAUUGAGAACUAAAAACUGGAAAUUGAUGGAAGCUUUGACUGAAAGGGAGAGCCGUUUGGCUCGAAGCUUAAAAGGUCAAACGAACAACACCUUAGCAUCGGAGAGGGAAAAUGUUUUGAAAAUCCUGAAGGAUCUGAGUCACACAAAACCUGAUUUUGCUAGUCAUAAGAGCCUCGACGAAUGGCUCGAACAAGAUUUUUCGUCAUCUGGAAAGGAUUUUGAUAAAAUGGAAGCGAAUCUAUUCUUUGAUUCAUGCCAGAGUUAUUUGUCAAACCUUCUGAACAAUCCCGUAACCGAUAAAAACAAUUCCAACUCGACUUUAGAAAUGGAGAUGGUAGAAAAGUCCGCAAAAAGACUCAAAAAUUUAGAAUUACUGAAUCAAACUUCAACUAACGAAUUGGGUUGUAUCAAGGCGGCUAAUAAAAAGUUGCAGGACGAAAUUGAUCUCCUCAAAGAAAACAAGUCCACAUUAACUAAUCAACUAAUUAGUACAGAAUCAUACUAUAAAAAAUUUUGCGAUGAACUCAAUACUCGCUUGAUCGAAAUGAAGGCUCAAAAUGAGGAUAAGGAAUCCCGGUUGGAAGAUCUUUCCAAGAUUAGCUUCUCGAAACACAGUAACAAUUACGCCAAAUUAACUUUAUCUGAACCAUUUUUCGUUGAAAUAUUGGAGGAAACCACUUCAAGUUCUCUAAAGUCAAAUAACUCUCAUUCAUCUCCACUAAUAAUAACAAAUAAAAAAUCUAACAGCGAUAUGAAGGCCAACAGACAAUCGGCUUCAAUUAUAGAUGAGCCAUGGAUCGAAGUUAUGAUUGAACCUUUUGCUGAUACAGAUCUACUUAAGGAACUUGAAAUAUAUAAAACCAAAAUCCAAGAUAUGCAAAGAGAAUUAAUAUCACUGCAAAGUUUAAAUGAAGGUCAGCUGAUAAACGUGAAAUGAAGCUAAAUUCUAAUCUAAAUAGCAAUAUUCCAAAUUUUACUCAUUCCAUAGACCAUUCAAAUUUCAAUCAAUACUUAUUAUACCGGUGGCUUCGUCAAUUAAAGGUGGGCAAAAUAAUUAUGUUUUUAUUAAGCUUAUUUUUUUUCAUGCCCGAUUCACGGGUAGACCCAUUUUCACAGCUGAUAAAAGAUACAAUUUUUUUCCCCCAAUAUGUCAAUUUUAUAUUUAUAAUUUAAUUUCUAAUCAUGAUGACAAUUUGAAAAAGUUUAUAAAUUCGAUCAGCUGAUAAAUAGCGUUGGCUAUGAAUGCAGCUUAAAAUGGUGAGGUAUAAUAAUAACUAUCGAUGUCAUUUUUUUAUAACGUGCAAUUAUUAUUAUUUUAUCUACAAACAGCUUUUUUGUAUUGAAUUAAUAUUGUGAUAAAAAAAAAAAUUUUAAGAUGUAAAUUUUAGUGGUUUAAUAUAUUAUUUUAUCUAUAUUACGUCAUAUAACUAUUCUAUAUCAUUUUUUUAUAUUUAUUAUACAUCAUAUCAAUUUAAAAUUAUCACGUCUAAUCAUAU